AUGGCUGUGGGCCCUCGAGCCUCCAAGGAAGAGUUUAUGCAAGCCCUAGGCUUGAACUCGCAUGAUCCGCAGCACGAGCAGUAUUAUCGUGCAAUGAGGGACGAAGCAAUCCUAACCUACAACCACCUAAACGAAGACCGCUCUAACCUCCUGGACAGCAUCGCCGCCGACCCCGCCACCAAACCCCCGUACUUCUGGCACCACAUCCGCCCCGAGCGACAACGGUGGGGGAUCCUCGAGAUCGCCCGGAAUGCGGGACCGCUCACCCGCCCGCUGUUCGCUCGCGGGGCGGUCGUGACCUCGACCAUCAACACCACCGGGGUGGGUGCUGCUGCCACAGGGCCAGGAGGGGGCGGUACGACCGGCGGCGGCGGCGAGUACGGACCCAACUGGGUGGCAGGGUGGUUGCUGUACAGCGUUUUCCGGUCCCGGGAUGUGCGGAAUAAUCGCAAUCGCAGGCGCGGGGAGGAAAGGGGUAAGUUUGCUUUUUGGGUCUCGUUCUCUUUCCCUCUCCUUUUCUACAUCCUUUGA